CAUUGACUGCAUCAUGAUAUGCUGUGGAUCCGUGGGGAAACACCAAAUCACCACCGCCUUGUCCCUCGUCCUCUCACUCAAUCGAUCUCAUGCAUAACAUAUUCUGAAAUAUCGCAUCAUAAAUAAAUCACUCUACUUCUUAUUAGCACCGCAUAUUACAGCAGCUCACCAAAUAACAAUCCCGAUAUCUCCACCUCCACCAACAUCAACACCCAACACUACAACGCCACCAUGUCAUCCUAUACUCUUGAGCGUCAAAUCGCAGAGCUCGCCGUGCUACGGGCAUCGAUCCUGACAAAAAGAGUCCAGUCGACCGUCAGCGGCAUUUCAAAAUCAGACGACUCUCCCGUUACCGCCGCUGACUUCGCUGCUCAAGCUGUUCUCAUCAGCGCCCUCCGCAAGGCAUUUCCCGGUGACAACUUCGUCGGCGAGGAAGAUUCUAGCGCUCUUAGAGAAGAUCCCGCCUUGAAGCAGCGUGUUUGGGAACUUGCCUCUGGCGCUCACCUCGAGAACUCAGACGACGAAGCCCUCCUUGCGAGCCCCAAGGAUGUUGAGGAGCUUCUUGAGGUGAUCGAUCUUGGAGGACGUGGUCAGGGUGGGAGAAAGGGGCGAUUCUGGGUAAUGGAUCCUAUCGAUGGAACAGCUACGUUCCUCAAGGGAGAACAAUACGCUGUCUCCCUAGCCUUGGUAGAGGAUGGAAAGGAGGUCGUUGGUGUUUUGGGCUGUGCAAACCUCAAGCCCAUGGAUGAUAAAGUUGCAGAGUCAACCAUCGACAAAGAUGGUUUGGGUCUUAUGCUCACCGCAGUUCGCGGUCAAGGCACCACGAUUCGCAAAAUGGAUUUCAGCGGUCUCCAGCCAGCUCAGCCUCUUGACAGCGUCGCCAAAGCCUCAAGCCCCGCUGAAGCUCAGAUCAUCAACUACUCGAGUGGUUCGACGUCUCGUCACGACCUCAUCCGCAAACUCGCAAGCUCUUUCGGUGCUGAAUUUCCAAACAUCGAGCUGUACUCAUCACACAUCCGUUAUGCGGCACUCCUCGUUGGCGGCGGUGAUUUCCAGCUGCGCAUCCCUUCAUCUGACGAUGUCGUGAUGCAUAUCUGGGAUCAUGCUGGAGCUCAGCUUAUCUUGACCGAAGCCGGCGGUAAAGUAACCGAUCUCAACGGCAAGGAUAUGGACUUUGGAGCUGGAAGGGAUCUGAGCCAGAACAAUGGACUGCUUGCAGCGAGACAGGGUAUCCACGCUGCCGUUCUUGAGAGUAUGAAGACGAUUCUUGCUGAAGACGCCGCCUCCACUUAACCAGCUAUAAUAUAAAAAGCUCUAUCGAGAAUCUCAAAAGAUAACGAAACUUAAUCCAAGAUGCUGGCAUCUACGUUCACAUCCAUAUUCUAUACAUGCCAAACCCAUAUCUCACAUCAAGCUGCUUCGGCCUCCAAUCUCCAUGCUUCCCUGCCCAUCCUUCAUUUGGCCACUUCUACCCACAACAAACUCGGUAUAUAUCCUCUGCAAUCUGGCCUUCUCCUCAGAACUGAUACUCGCCCGUGUGUUAUCCAGAGCCUUUAUGAGGUGGUCCCAUUCAAUCACCACUUCCCUCUGAUCGCUGCUUUGCGCCUUGGCGUCUGUGUUGGCGGCGGGAGCCCCAUGGAUUUGCUUCAACUUCUUACGAGCUAUCUUGAUCUCUUCAAGCUUUGCCAAAAUAGAUGCGUUCUCCACCAGAGCAGCAGACUUGCUUUUUGGCGUCGCCUCAGUCAGAGGUUUGGCGUCUUUACCAUAACGGAACUGGACGAAGCUAGGUGUGGUAUUCGACUUUCCAUUGGUUCCGUUGGGUCGUUUAGAAGUAACUAGCCUGAAGGUCAGCACCCGAGAAGCCCUCAGUACGGCGAGCAAUGUCCGUCAGUGGCCCAUCGGAUUCGGUCAACUCAUCUGAGAGUCUGACUUUUUGAAACAGCGCCUUGAUAAUGUCAACACGAUCGUCCAGAGAAGGCAUAUCGCACAACAAAGACUUGUCCAGACGGCCGGGACGAAGAAGAGCAGGAUCGAUCAGGUCAGGUCGUGAAGUAGCUGCCAGCACGUAGACACCGGACAGCCCUUCGGCACCAUCCAUCUGUGUGAGAAGCUGGUUGACCACACGGUCCGUAACACCCGUAGAGUCGUGUCCUCUCUUGGGUGCAAUGGAGUCAAACUCAUCGAAGAAGAGUACACAUGGCUUCGCCGCCUGGGCCCUAUCAAACAGAUCUCGAACACUCUUCUCAGAGGCACCGAUAUACUUGUUCAGAAUUUCAGGGCCCUUGACACUGAUAAAAUUGAGGCCACACUCGCCGGCAACAGCGCUGGCAAGAAGUGUCUUACCGCAACCAGGAUAUCCGUAAAGAAGAAGGCCGGAUCGAAGGCGUAGCGGACACUGCGCAAAGAUUGGCGCAUAUUUAGUUGGGUAUUGUAGCGUCUCCAAGAGCACUUGUCGUGUCUCUUGCAGUCCUCCAAUCGACUUGAAGCUUGUUGACGAACUCUGCAGCGACACAUUCCUCAAUGAGGCUGGCGUGAACCCCUUGAGAGCCUUGUCAAAAUCAGCCCUUGCCAAGUGAAUGGCGCCUGUCGAGUCUGGCGACUCAGCGAUGGCACGAAUGAUAGCCUCGUUCCUCGCACGAGACACAAGGACAUUGAUGUCACCGGGCAUGUAGCCGUCUGUAGACCCAGAAAUGUCAAGGAAGUCAAGAUCUGGGUCCAAGAUGAAGCCGCUCGUCUUUGUCGGAUGACUCUCCUUGCUUGCAUGACUAGCGCCGUCCAUCCAAGCACCACUGUCCUCCGUCAUGCUGCCGUCGGCAGUUUGUGGUCGACUUUCAUCGCUGAACUGUGUCUGAGCUUCGUCAGCCGUUAUGGCAUCCUGCAUAACGAUAGAUUCCAUCACUCGGCGUCUCGAUUCCUUAUCGGGCGCCUUGAGUUCGACGAUCUCGCGCACGACAUGGCCACUGACUACAACACCAUUGAUCGACUCCUUGCCCUCAGCUGUGGCCAGGAGAACAACACCGCUGUCGCGGGUACAGUAUUGCCUGACGAUCGAGCACAGGAUCUCACCGACUUGCCUGCUCCUUCCAUUGUCAUUGCCAACCUGAAGUUCGGUUUCUACAGGACAAAGCUUGUCCAGGUCAUCAAGAACUACCACAGCUUUUCCGUUCAAGCGUGCACCCCAGCUGGCAGUGGCGAACAAGCGGUUCAAAGUUUCCUUUAUGGUUGAGAUCCGUGUCUCGUCAUUGACUAGUUUCCGACAAGGGUAGUAUAAUGUAUGGAAUAAUGAAUCUUGUCGAAGUUUUUGUGCCAAGUGUCGAGCAAUUGAAGAUUUUCCGGAUCCCAUGCCACCAGUGAGAAGGACCGAAGAAAGGUGGACAAGAUUAGACUGUAAAUUAUCCAGCAAGGAGUCGAUUCCAACAAGGAGAGAAUCGUGGGUUGGUUGACGCUCAAACCCAUCCGUUUCGGUCAGCCAUGAUGGCCGAGGGGUUGGUGGCUGAAAGUCAAUCGGGAGUUUAGUAUCGAGUCCAAGAAGCCAAUUCGCAGCGUCUUUGUUCUCCUGAAAAUCACCACCAAAGGCAAAUUUAAUGAUGCCGCCUUCCCACCCCUGAGGAGGAUCAAGACCGCCGUAUAAGCUAAUAAUGGAGCCGUCUGUCAGAGGCCCUUGAAGAAGCCCGUCAGUACCUCUAGUAGCGGCAUAGAUUUGUCGGAACCGCUUCGCAGACUCUUCCUUCUCAGCCUUGGAUUCUCCACCAAACCGCAGGCCUUCGACCGUCUUUGCAUUUGUGGCGAAAGGAAAAACCUUGAUGCUCUGAACCGCAGUCUUGGGGAGUUGCUGUGGAGCUGCUUGAAGCUUGACUAUCCCGCCAACCAUGCCAGAACACCCAAGACUUGCACAAAGGGACGACGAAAGAGCAACUGAUUGACUGUUGGGAGGAUCAAUCCAUGAUCUGAGAUGAGCAAUGACUUUUGUGGCCGCAGUCGUCCCAGCAGGAACGCCACCUUCUUCUGGUUGGGGCUGUUGCAGACCAGCUGGUCUAAUAACAUCGACCGCGACAUAGUUGACCCCUUUGAAGGCUUCGCCGGAGAGAAGGUCGUGAUCAACCCAAACACUCAUGUCCUGAACCAGGGGUCCUUCAUCAAACCAUUCUUCACAUGAGCUUCGGUCAAGACCACGCAGAAACAUAGUAGGCCUCCGCUCUUCCUUGGCGCUUCGCCGGCGCACCGUACUGGUCGCGCUUCGUUUGGACUUGGAAGUGCUGGCUACGCUGCGGUGGUCGCCUGAGCUGUGCGAGCUCUUUUGCCUCGUCUUUGGCGCAACGAUGACCUCGGCAUCGGGAGAUAUCUUUGCGAAUGGCACGUCGGCCGGGGGUGAAGGGUCCAGCGAAAUGACUUUAAUACUUGCAGUCGAUGUCGGAGAUAGAUGCAGUGUCAACGCAUGGGGCUCGACGGGGUUGUCGCCAAUUGUGUAUAGCGGGUUCGGGAGCGCUCGAAUUUGAGAGAUGAGGUUCAGUUCAAGAAAUGUCGCAUGUAGCUCAAUGAUCUCCCAGUCCUCCGGUGUAAGGGGCUCAAUGUUGAUCGUAUGCGCCAGCGGAGGAUCAAGAUGAAUGGUGGCCGUGAUCUUCUGCCCUUCUGAUAUACCUAGUGACUUGGCUAG